AUGUCCAUCAAGCUGCGGGAGCUGAUCCGUUCCAUCCGCGCCAGCAAGACGGCGGCGGAGGAGCGCGCCGUGGUGGCCCGGGAGUGCGCGCUGAUCCGCACCGCCUUCAAGGAGGAUGACAAUCAGUUCAGGCACCGGAAUGUGGCGAAGCUCCUCUUCAUCCACAUGAUGGGAUAUCCCACCCACUUCGGGCAGAUGGAAUGCUUGAAGCUGAUCGCUUCCAACAAGUUCCCGGAGAAGCGCGUGGGCUAUUUGGGCCUCACCCAGCUGCUAGAUGAGAACACCGAGGUGCUGAUGUUGGUGACGAACUCCGUCAAGAACGACAUGAACCACGACAACCAGUACGUGAACGGCUUGGCCCUUUGCGCACUAGGAAACAUCGGAAGCAACGAAAUGUGCCGAGCGCUGGCGAGGGAGGUGGAGAACUUGAUGUCCUCCGGCAACCCGUACGUGAGGAAGAAGGCGGCGCUUUGCGCCAUGCGAAUCGUGCGGAAGGUGGACGAGAUCGAAGACAAGUUCAACGGGAAGAUUGGGCAGCUGUUGGAAGACCGGAACCACGGAGUCCUCUUAGCGGGCUGCUCCUUGCUUACCACUGUCCUAGAGGUGAACCCUUCCUACGUCAAGGAGUUCCGUCGCUACAUUCCGCCCCUGGUGCGGGCGCUGAGGAACAUGGUGACCUCUGGCUACAGCAGCGCUGCGGAGUACGACGUCGCGGGCAUCACGGACCCCUUCCUGCAGGCGAAGAUCUUGCGGCUGCUCCGCAUCCUCGGGGAGCGCUCCGUGGAUGCCAGCGACGAGAUGAACGACAUCCUCGCGCAGGUGGCGACCAACACGGAGGGCACCAAGAACACGGGGAACUCCAUCCUCUACGAGUGCGUGCUGACCAUCAUGUCCAUCGAGGCGGAGAGUGGCUUACGGGUGCUUGGGGUGAACAUCCUGGGCCGGUUCCUGCUGAGCCGCGACAACAACAUCCGAUAUGUAGCCCUCGCGACUCUGCAGCGCAUGGUGAACGUGGAUCAGCAGGUCAUGCAGAGACAUCGAAACACCAUCAUCGAGUGCCUCAAGGAUGCGGACAUCUCAAUUCGAAAGCGGGCGCUCGAUGUGACCUACUCCCUAGUGGAUGAUGCGAACAUCAAGAGCAUGACAAAGGAGCUGCUGAACUAUUUGCUGGUGGCCGAACCCGAGUUCAAGGAGGAGCUUUGCUCCAAGAUCUGCAUGGCAGUGGAGAAGUUCUCGCCCUCGCGGCGCUGGCAGAUCGAUACGCUCAUCAAGGUCAUGUGCCUCGGCGGGAACUUCGUCAAGGAGCCGCAGAGGGAGAAGUUCUGUCGUGUGGUGGCGGCCACUCCGGAGCUGCACUCGUACACGGUGAUCAAGCUCUACUUCAACAUGAAGGAGAGCCUGACGCAAGAGGCCUUGGUGCAUGUAGGCGUGUGGUGCCUCGGUGAGUUCGGGGACCACUUGGUCUCCGGCAGAGCAGUUGGCCCGGACGACCAGCCCAUCCAUGUGACCGCCGGGGACGUCUUGGACUUGCUGCAUGAUGUGGUGCGGAAGCCCCCGUGCGCGGAGAAGGCCCCCGCCACGCACUGCCUGGUCUCCGCGGCCCUGAUCAAGCUGGUCACCCGCUGCCCAAGCGAGUUCGAUCGCAUCCGCAAGCUGCUGCGCCGCUUUGACGGGUCUCUGCACGUGGAUUUGCAGCAGCGGAGCUGCGAGUUCCUGGAGCUGCUCAGCUCUGAGUGGGAUGCCCACCGCGCCGGGAUCCUGGAUAGGAUGCCGGUGAACGACAAGGAGAUCGGCGGCGCCGAAACCCGUGCUGUGGGCGACUCCACCAUCGACGGCGUGCCGAGCGGCGCCGGAAGCGGACCCGGGCCGAUGAUCGGCGGAGGGGCAAAGGACCUGCUGGAUUUGAACGACUUGCUGGAUGGGCCAUCAGCAGGCCCGCCUGCCGGCGGCGUUCCGCCGACGACGGGUGGAGCUGGGGGUGGAGGUGGAGGCGGAGGCGACCUCUUGGACCUCCUCGGAGGCCCCCCCUCAGCUCCGGGUCCCAGCGCCCCGGGCCCCGCCGCCGGCGGCGACGGCCUGCUGGACAUCUUCAGCGGCGGCGCGCCGGCGGCGGCGGAGGCGCCACCCAUGGUGGCCUAUGAGAAGAACGGCCUGAAGAUCACCUUGUUCCCCCGCAAGGAGGCGGACGGCUCCGUGGUGGUGCUGGCUCGGUUCGCCAACUCCUUGAGCUGCCCUUUGACCAACUUCGUCUUCGAGGCGGCGGUGCCCAAGUACGUCACGCUGACCAUGCAGCCGGCCACGGGACAGGUGCUGCCGCCCCAGAACGACAUGGUCACCCAGACCAUGAGCUGUGUGAACGCCACUGGCGGCGAAAAGGGCCUGCUCAUGAAGCUCCGGAUCGGUUACGUCUGCAACGGCACCCCCGUCCAGGAAAUGGCGCAGAUCGGCGGCUUUCCUCCCGGCUACUAG